GGUCAGGAUGAAGCCGCCUCUCGAGUCAUGGAACCGGUGUUUAUAUAUGUGUGCCAUUAACACUACUCAGUCUAGUACGUACAAACAAUAUCGUCAUCAUCCAUUCCCCAAAAUGUCUGAUACCAAUUCCCGACCAUCGGACUCGAACGACAGACACUACUAUGCUAUCGAGCAGCCUAAUUUCGAGCUUUCAGAGAUCUUGAUGUUUGAGGAGUGGCCGGACGAGGAUGCUGCGUAUAAUGCUUCUGUGGGGCCUGUUGAUCAGAACCCGGUUAAUCAAGCAAAUGAAGUAGUGUUGGGCGAGUCUGGUUCUCGGAGUGGCAGCCACAUUGAAGAAGGGUCUGAUAGCAGAGACGAUGGCAGUGGGCGAGAGAGGAGAGAAAGAUUUGCUUUCAAAACAAUAUCAGAGGUCGAAAUACUUGAUGAUGGAUUCAAGUGGAGGAAGUAUGGCAAGAAGAUGGUGAAGAACAGCCCAAAUCCAAGGAAUUACUAUAGAUGUUCGGUGGACGGAUGCCCUGUGAAGAAGAGAGUUGAGAGGGACAGAGAUGAUCCAAAAUACGUGAUAACAACGUACGAAGGCGUCCAUAACCACCAAAGCUCGUUUUAGUAAAUUACCAUGUAAAUGUAGUAGUGCUGCACAUUGUACAGGACAUGGUACAACCAGUCACUACUACUAAACAUUUUGGUUUACUUCCUUAAUUGCAACCUUUGUUGUUGUUGUUGUAAGGGCACACUUGUCGAGGCUAGGGCUAUAGCUGAGUGAGUGCUGCUGGGCCAUAGUUUGUACCAUGAUCUUUUGCUCAUGAACAAU